AACUGAGCUAUAUUUUUUUUGUGAUUCAUUCAACAACUUUCUUUCAUAAAUGUUUAAAAUUUAAGUCUAUUUAUUUUAUUUUGUUUUUAUUUAAAUUUAUGAAUUUAUUGUUAGUUUGUGCAGUUUUUUUGUUUAAUAUGCACUUAAAAUAUGACAAUAUCAAGGUCUUCAUAUUACUAUUUCUACAAUUGUUAUUCUUAUUACAAAUGUAUUACUGUCACUCAAUACCAAAUGAACUAAAGUUUGAUUGUAUACCCAAAGGAAAGUCUGAUGAGGUAACGUGCAAAAAAAUGAAUUGUUCCUGGACACCGGAAAAUCAAUCUUUUACUCGAUGGCCGUGGUGUUAUUAUCCAGAAUGUUACAAUAAUUACAAUACAAUUAAUAUAUCUAAGACAAGUACUGGAGUAGUAGCGUUUUAUAAUUUAUCAGUGGCUUCUAGUUACAAAAAAAAUAUACAAAUCUUGCGUCUGGAUGUUAUUUUUGAAACAUCACAAAGACUACGAAUUACGAUUGAUGAUGCUGUUCAAAUACGCUACAAGCCACCCUUUCCAAAAAUUAACGAGUUUAAAGGAAACCCGAUUCAUAGAAAUGAUAGUUUGAUAAUAUCCGAUUUAGUUGUAAGACUUGCUAAGAAUGGUGUUGGAUUUGCUAUUAUUCGUAAGGCGGAUGAUACAAUUUUGUUUGAUAGUCGAAAUAUUGGGGGUUUUAUAUUUUCUGAUCAAUUUAUUCAAUUAUCGGCUUUACUACCCUCAAAGUACAUUUAUGGAUUGGGUGAACAUAGAACUAAUUUGGUCUUGGAUUCAAACUGGAAAACAUAUACAAUGUUUAAUCAUGACAAUACUCCAAAACCUGACAUCAAUGGUUAUGGCUCACAUCCGUUUUAUUUAUUAAUGGAAAAAUCUGGAAAUAGUCAUGGAGUUUUUUUAUUUAAUAGCAAUGCUAUGGAUAUUAUAUUGCAGCCUGCGCCUGCAAUUACAUAUCGCGUAAUUGGCGGAAUUUUGGAUUUUUAUUUUUUUUCUGGACCAACACCUUCUGAUGUUAUUACUCAGUACACUGAAAUUAUUGGCAGACCAUUUUUACCACCGUAUUGGUCUUUAGGUUUCCAUUUGAGCCGAUAUGGGCAGACUUUUGAAGAUCUCAUUCAAGUUUAUAAUAGGACCAUAGAAGCUGGUAUUCCUUGGGACACUCACUGGAAUGACAUUGAUUAUAUGGAUAAUAAAGACGAUUUCACACUUUCUAACAAUUUUAAGCAACUACCCGAAUAUGUGAAUAAUUUACACAAGAAUGGAAUGCACCAUAUAGUUAUUUUGGAUCCAGGCCUUAAAUCACGACAAUCAAAUGGAAUAAUUUAUGGUCCUUUAAAGGAUGGUCUUAACUACGAUAUUUUUAUAAAAAACUCUGCUGGUCAACCAUUGGAAGGCAAAGUUUGGAAUGACAUUGGAACUGUAUUUCCUGAUUUUACACAUCCAAAAGCAACUCAAUUCUGGAAAAACCAGAUUUUAAAUUUUCACAAUAUUUUAAAAUUUGAUGGGUUAUGGUUGGAUAUGAAUGAACCGGCCAAUUUUGUCAAUGGCGAUUUUAAUGGAUGUUCGUCUUAUGAAUCUGAUCACUGGGAAGUACCUCAAUAUAUUCCUGGUAUAGUUGGUGGCCAUUUGAACUACAAAACUAUUUGCAUGUCUGCAAGUCAUUUUGCUGGUAUUCAUUAUAAUUUACAUAAUUUAUAUGGACUUGUUGAAACUAUAUCCACUCACGAUGCAUUGUCAGAAAUAAGGAAUACUAGGCCUUUUGUCAUUUCACGAUCUUCUUAUCCUGGUUUUGGACAUUAUGCUGGUCACUGGACUGGAGACAUAAACUCUUCAUGGGACGAUAUGAAACAAUCCAUAACAGAUAUAAUAAAUUUUAAUUUAUUCGGCAUUCCCCUAGUUGGGGCAGAUAUAUGUGGUUUUCACCACGACACUACUGUUGAGUUGUGUUCAAGGUGGAUUCAAUUAGGUGCCUUCUAUCCAUUUUCUAGGAAUCAUAAUGGCCAGUACAUGAAAGACCAAGAUCCAGCAGCUUUAGGAUCAAAUGUUUUGUCAUCUGCAAAAAAAUCAUUGAUUACUAGAUAUUAUUUACUACCAUAUUUGUAUUCGUUGUUUUGGAAAGCUCAUGUUUACGGAGAAACUGUUGUUCGACCUUUGUUUUUUGAAUAUCCAUUUGAUGAUAAUACAUAUGGCAUAGACACUCAGUUUCUAUGGGGCCCAGCCUUACUAAUCUUACCAGUUUUAAAAGAAGAAAAUCAUCAUGUGUAUGUAUAUCUCCCAAAAGAUAUAUGGUAUGACUUUUACAAUAAAACUGCGAUAUUGAGCAACGGAAAUCAUUUUGUCAUAACAGCUCCUGCCGACACUAUACCCCUACUGGUACGAGGGGGUUAUAUUUUACCCACACAAAUGGCUGCUUUAACUACAACAUUAAGUCGUCAAAAUCACUUUGAACUCUUAGUAGCAACUAAACAUGACAAAGCAACUGGUUUUUUAUUUUUUGAUGAUGGAAAGUCUUUAGAUUCUUGGAAAAAUGAUUCAUAUAACAAAGUACAAUUUAAGCUUGUGAACACUACAUUUUCCAGUAUAGUGGAGAUGAAUAGUUAUAUUGAUGACAACUUUGUGUUACAAAAUAUUACAGUGCUUGGUAUCAAACAAGGACCGACCAAUUCACAAGUUAAUGGAAUUCCAUUCAAUGGUUAUUACUUCAAUAAAACUGAACAAGUUUUAUACUUCAAAAUGUUAAACUUAAAUCUAAGGAUGCCAUUCAAUUUAACAUGGUAAAUUGUGAGCAUUAAUUAUGAACAAAUUUACAUCUACAUAAUAAUAAAGUUAUUUAAAAUAAAUGUUGAAUAAUAACCACAAAUAUGGUUAAUCUUACAAGAUUAAAUAGGUCAGUUCAUAUUUUUUGGUACUUAUAAUAAUAUACAUAGUUAUCCAUGUUCUAAUAGAAAAUUGCAUUAGUUAAAAACAAUUUGAAUGUAUAUAUAUAUAUAUCGUAUAAUAAUAAUAUUAGAUUAUUAUUUAAUUUUUUAAAAAUUAAUGUUUGUUUCUACAUUUAUUACAAACUAGGAACCAACUAUACAAUUAUAAACUAUGGACCAACAAACACAAUGAUGAAUUUACCCUUCUGAUGCCUCAAAAUUAAGUAGUAUAAAAAAGAGGAGGUUUUGAAUUUGUUAUAUUUUUAUAAUAAAUUUAUGUAAGUUUCUACCCAUAAAAUAUAUAUGCUAUCUAACAUUUUUAUGCAGAAAAUCAUUUGAUUGAAAUUUUGUAGCAAGAUAAUUGAUAUAAUUAAAAUUGUAUUUUCUAACAACUAUCAUUAACUGUAUUUUUUUCAUGUUUUAAAUUUAUUCAAAUAACAUAGUGAUUAAAAGGUUUAGAUACUUCAAAUUUUCAAACCUAAAUUCGCAAUUUUAAAAUGAAUAAAUUUCCAAUGUUGAAAUACAUUUCAAAUUGAAAAAUAUCAACCCAAUAACACCCAGACAUUACUUUUUAUAAAUGAGAUAGAAAUUGAGUAACUACCUAGUUCACUACCAAUUACCCAGCAAUAAGCAAAACCAUUUUUUUAUGUUAUGUUGCACUUUCAAAAUAUACAGUGAAAACCAUACUAAAAGUAUAGAAUAAUCAGAGAUUCAUAAGUAUGUGAAUUGUGGUAAAUUGAAAAUAUCCUGUCAAUAAAAAUCUCUUUAUCAUUGACUAGUUAAAACUUAUAAAAUGUAUACAACAUUCACAUUAACAUCAUAUAAUAUUACAAUAUAUUGUAGUCAAUGAAAAAUAUUGUAUUGAAAAUAUAGUUAUUCUUUGUAAGAAUGUACACUGUACCUAUGUAUUUUAAAUGCUUCUAUAAUUCUAUUAUGGUACUAAGACUUAUUGAUUUUACAUUUUAAAUUAACGAAAAAUAUAAAUUAUUCUAAAUAAUUACAUACAUUAGUAGACACUGCACAGUAAGUGAUUUUAAUAUCAGAGUUUAUAUUAAAUGAUGAUAAAUGUUAUCACAUUUUAUUUACUUAGAAUAGAUGUAUUCAAGUAAUGAGUAACGUAAUAAUUAAUUUUUUAUCAAUACAGAACAUUUUUUUUUUCUUAAAAUAAAUCACUGUUACAAGCUUGUUAUUUCCAUCAUCAAGUUUUCUAAAUUAAAUAUCUAACUGUUUAAGUGUAAAACAACAUUAUCAGUAUGUCUGUACAAUAAAUAUUUAUUAAUUAAAUACAGGUAUAAAAUUAACUUAAAUUAAGUAUUUAAUCA